AUGCAUAAGUGUCGUAUUUCUCAUAUUCGAAUAGCCACUCCUUUUACUACAUCUCUUAAGGACAAAGGGUUCGAGUACACCAACCCAGACAUUGUGGACGGUCGGCCGCUCUACCAGAAGGACAUAAUGUUGACGCCCCAACAGUGGCAAGCUUUGAGGGAGAGGAAGGCCAUUGCUGACCUAACUUACCGCUGGCCAGCUGGACCCGACGGCUUCCCUCUGGUGCCUUAUGUCACUAGCAUUUACGUACUGUAUAUUAUCCCUUCAGUAGACGUAGCGGCAGUAAAGGCUGGGCUGAAACACUGGACGGACAACACAUGCAUCAAAUUUAAACUGACCACCAACACCAACCAACCUCAUCUCAGGUUUAUAUUGGGUAAUGGAUGCUGGUCCUACAUUGGACGCAUAUAUUACUGGAAUGGCCAAGACAUUUCUAUUGGGAAUGGGUGUAACGGGGUCGGCACUGUUGCUCACGAAGUUGGCCACGCUAUGGGAUUCUACCACGAGCAGUCCCGUCCCGAGCGAGAUUCUUUCGUCAGAAUUAUCUCUGCUAACAUCAUCUCUGGUAUGGAAAGUAACUUCAACAAAUACUCUGCAGCUCAGAUCAACAACUACAGUGUUCCCUAUGAUUAUACCUCAGUGAUGCAUUACGGCUCUACGUACUUAUCGAAGAACGGAAAACUGACCAUCAGCACCAUUGACCCUCUGGCUCAAGGUCUCAUUGGCCAGCGUUCUGGUCUCUCUCACCGGGACAAGUUGCUGGCCAACCGCAUGUAUGGCUGCAUCGACAAAUGGUUGGCGGCUUGUAAGCUUUCUUCAGAUCCAUGUAAAAACGGAGGUUAUCUUGGCGUGAAAUGUGGGUGUGUGUGUCCACCUGGCACCUCCGGCAGCAAGUGCCAGACUAUAACUGGUGGUUACUACGAUAACAAAUUUCCCAAGUGCUCGAAGACGAUCACCAAAGCUGGAGUCAUCACAUCUCCAAACUAUCCCAAUAACUACCCGGCAGGCUCAAGAUGCACCUAUGUGAUCAAGGCUCCUAAGUGCUACUAUGCUAGACUCACGUUCAGCAGCUUUAAGCUGUAUGGACGGAACCCUUACUGCAACAAUGUUCCUUGCUGCUACUUCGACUUUCUGGAAAUUAGAACCACUAAUACUGUUAGUGGUGAUGUGUUCUGUGCGACGGACAUUUCUGCCGGCCGGGUGUUUACAGCCUCCGUGAACCCGCUGAUCCUCUACUUCAACACUGAGAGCAAUUUCUAUAAGGGAUGGUCGGCUACCGUGUCUUUCGCGAUGAUUCCUGGAUGCAGGCUGUUUGGACGAAAAAGAGGAUCUUCUUCAGUCAUGAGCAGUGUUUUCUUCAGCACAGUCUCCCCUACUGAAGGAGAAGAAAGUAUAGAAGAGGAUGGCGUAUCACAGAUGGAAGAGUCUCAGGAAAAUUAA